AUGGUAGAUAAAGGUUUCAUCCGACCUAGUUUUUCACCUUGGGGCGCUCCAGUGUUAUUUGUUAAGAAGAAGGAUGGAACCAUGAGGUUAUGUAUUGACUACAGACAGUUGAACAAGGUCACAGUGCGAAAUAAGUAUCCUUUGCCUCGCAUUGAUGAUUUGUUCGACCAGUUAAAGGGUGCCAAGGUAUUCCCUAAGAUUGAUCUAAGAUCUGGGUAUCAUCAGUUACGGAUUAGAGAAGAGGAUGUGCCUAAGACAGCUUUUCGAACGAGAUAUGGGCACUAUGAGUUCUUGGUGAUGCCAUUUGGGUUGACGAAUGCGCCCACUGCGUUUAUGGAUCUCAUGAACAGGGUGUUCCGACGUUACUUGGAUCGUUUUGUGAUUGUGUUCAUAGACGACAUUCUGGUGUAUUCCAAGAGUCAGAAGGCACACAUGAAACAUUUGGAAAUUGUGCUGAAGACUUUGAGGAGGAGGCAGUUGUAUGCCAAAUUGAGUAAAUGCCAGUUCUGGUUGGACAGAGUUAGUUUCUUGGGGCAUGUGAUCUCUGCAGAGGGUAUUUAUGUUGAUCCCCAGAAGAUUGAGGCAGUAGUGAACUGCCCACAACCAACUAGUGUUACGGAGUUUGAAUGGUCAGAUGAGUGUGAGGAGAGCUUCAAUGAACUCAAGACCAGGUUGACCACUGCUCCGGUUUUAGCACUUCAAGAUGAUAGCGGGAACUUCGUUAUCUACAAUGAUGCAUCCCAACAGGGACUUGGUUGUGUGCUAAGGCAGCAUGGUAGGGUGAUCGCUUAUGCUUCUAGGCAACUUAAGAAGCAUGAGUUGAAUUACCCUGUUCAUGAUUUGGAGUUAGCUGCAGUGCAUCAUCCGGGAAGAGCUAAUGUUGUAGCUGAUGCACUCAGCAGAAAAUCCCCAAGAUCUAUAGCUUAUUUCAGAGGGAGAUAUGUGCCAAUUAUGGUGGAGAUGAGGAAGCUCAGAGUUGAACUAAGUGUGGAUGAUCAGGGAGCAUUGUUAGCUACUCUCCAUGUGAGACCAGUACUAGUGGAGCUAAUUGUCGCCGCCCAAUCCCAGGAUCCUUUGAUUUGCACAUUGCGAUUAGAGGUGGAGAAUGGUGACAGAAAUGACUGUUCAGUAAGAAAUGAUGGAGCUUUAAUGGUGGGAACCAGGCUAUAUGUCCCUAAUGAUCAAGCCUUAAAAAGGGAAAUUCUUGAGGAGGCUCAUAGUUCAGCUUUUGCAAUGCAUCCUGGAAGCACUAAGAUGUAUCAUACCUUGAGAGAGCAUUACGGGUGGCCUUUUAUGAAGAAAGAGAUAGCAGAAUAUGUCAAUAAGUGCUUAAUUUGCCAGCAAAUGAAAGCUGAACGGCAGAAACCAUCAGGGUUGUUGCAACCACUUCCAAUUCCUGAAUGGAAAUGGGAGCAUAUUACCAUGGAUUUCGUGUUCAAGCUUCCCCGAACACAAAAUAAGCAUGAUGGAGUUUGGGUAAUCGUGGAUCGACUCACUAAAUCCGCUCAUUUUCUACCAGUGAGAGCAAACUACACCCUAAAUAAGUUGGCCAAGAUCUUCAUAGAUGAGAUAGUGAGACUUCAUGGAGUGCCAGUAUCUAUUAUUUCAGAUAGAGAUCCACGGUUUACUUCCCGUUUUUGGGCGAGGUUAAAUGAAGCUUUUGGAACUCAAUUGCGGUUUAGUACUGCAUUUCACCCCCAGACAGAUGGUCAAUCUGAGAGGAUAAUCCAGACUUUAGAAGACAUGCUGAGAGCUUGCGCACUGCAGUUCCGGGGUGACUGGGAUGAGAAGUUGCCACUUAUGGAAUUUGCCUAUAAUAAUAGUUACCAGGCGAGUAUUAAGAUGUCCCCAUAUGAUGCCUUGUAUGGGAAACAAUGUAGAACUCCAUUCUAUUGGGAUGAAGUGGGUGAGAACAGAUUGGAGGUGUCCGAUGAUGUUGAACGGACAAAGGAACAGGUGAAAAUAAUUAGAGAACGACUCAAGGCAGCCCAAGACCGACAGAAGAGUUAUGCGGACAAUAGAAGGAAAGACCUUCAGUUUAAGGUUGGUGAUUGGGUAUUUCCGAAGUUAUCACUUUGGAAGGGCAUAAUGAGAUUUGGAAAGCGGGGAAAACUAAGUCCUCGCUAUAUUGGGCCUUAUAAGAUAGUGGAGCGUGUUGGCCCAGUAGCUUACAGGCUUGCUUUGCCUUCAGAUCUUUCCCGGUUACACGAUGUGUUUCAUGUUUCAAUGCUUCGAAAGUAUAUGUCUGAUCCUUCUCAUGUCUUGGAAGAACGACCAAUAGAGUUGCAAGAAGAUUUGACUUAUGUGGAGCAACUAGUUCAGAUUUUGGAUUGGAAGAUGCAACUGUUACGAUCGAGAGAGAUCCUUCUUGUGAAGGUCUUGUAG